AUGGCAACAUUCAUGGAGCUGGAUGGUUCAAGGUGUAAGAGCCGACUCCCAUAUACUGUUCAUUCCGAUGAAAUGGGAUUUCUAUUUACCUACAGCUCCCGGUACCAAGUCGAAGAGAACGAGUACAUGGUGAUGAGAUACAUCACAGAACGUCAUCAGAGAGGGGCUGAGCACGCGGCAUCGCCAACAUCGCCUCCACUUUGCCCUGCAAGUCAAUGCCUAGGCGAAAGAAUAUUCCUUAUCUUAUCAAGGGGGGGAGUUAGGAGGCUGUCGACCGUACCAAACGACCCGACUGACAACCCGAACAACGACCCGACCGACGACCCGACCGACGACCCGACCGACGACCCGACCGACGACCCGACCGACGACCCAACCGACGACCCGACCGACGACCCGACCAACGACCCGACCGACGACCCGACCGACGACCCGACCGACGACCCGACCAACGACCCGACCAACGUCCCGACCGACGACCCGACCGACGACCCGACCGACGACCCGACCGACGACCCGACCGACGACCCGACCAACGACCCGACCGACGACCCGACCGACGUCCCAACCGACGACCCGACCGACUACCCGACCGACGACCCGACCAACGUCCCGACCGACGACCCGACCGACGACCCGACCAACGUCCCGACCGACGACCCGACCGACGACCCGACCGACGACCCGACCAACGACCCGACCGACGACCCGACCAACGUCCCGAUCAACGACCCGACCGACGACCCGACCGACGACCCGACCAACGACCCAACCAACGACCCGACCGACGACCCGACCAACGACCCAACCAACGACCCGACCGACGACCCGACCGACGACCCAACCGUCGACCCGACCGACGACCCGACCGACGACCCGACCAACGACCCGACCGACGACCCGACCGACGACCCAACCAACGACCCGACCGACGACCCGACCGACGACCCAACCGACGACCCGACCGACGACCCGACCAACGUCCCGACCGACGACCCGACCGACGACCCGACCAACGUCCGACCGACGACCGACCGACCCGGACCCACCGACGACCCGACCGACGACCCGACCAACCGACGACCCGACCGACGACCCGACCAACGACCCGACCGACGACCCGACCGACGACCCGACCAACGACCCGACCAACGACCCGACCGACGACCCGACCAACGACCCGACCGACGACCCGACCAACGACCCGACCGACGACCCGACCAACGACCCGACCAACGUCCCGAUCAACAACCCGACCGACGACCCAACCAACGACCCGACCGACGACUCGACCAACGACCCGACCGACGACCCGACCAACGACCCAACCAACGACCCGACCGACGAACCGACCAACGACCCAACCAACGACCCGACCGACGACUCGACCAACGACACGACCGACGACCCGACCAACGACCCAACCAACGACCCGACCGACGAACCGACCAACGACCCGACCGACGACCCGACCGACGACCCGACCGACGACCCGACCAACGACCCGACCGACGACCCGACCGACGACCCGACCGACGACCCGACCAACGACCCGACCGACGACCCGACCGACGACCCGACCAACGACCCGACCAACGACCCGACCGACGACCCGACCAACGACCCGACCAACGACCCGACCGACAAUAUAGUGGAGGGAAGGGGAAGUAA